AUGACGAAACAGCCGCCCGAUCAGCCUGCUGCAGACACAAACGACUCCAGCGAGUCGUCUGCCGAAGUCGGUAACGCCGAGUCCGCGAUUGUGAGCCAGCCGUCCACAGUCAACUCCACACCGUUGAUGAAGUCGGCUUCUGAUUCCGACUCCCCGUUGCUGAUGGCACUGGAUCUGAGCCACGACAAGAAGUCGCGGAUCCCCAGAAGGUCUUCUUCUAGCAGUAUCAAUAUGGACGACCUUUCGUUUUUCGAUCUGCUGAACCCGCAAAUUCUCUCCACAGAGAUCCGCAAACUACCUACAUACCAACGGGUCAAGAACAUUUCGUCGGAGUCGAUCCGCAAGCUCAACAAGAAGGGUCUCAAGUUCAAUCUGAACCAGGAAGACAUGAAAAACCUCAAGUCUGUUCUCAACAAUAGACUUGACAAAUUGUACGUGCGAAUCGACAAGACCAUCACCGCUUCUAAAACAGAGAAGUUGUACUACGCAACGUCUGUGUACAUGAUCUUCCUGUUUGGACUGGUCAUUGGAAAACACCCAGAAUGGUUCCAUUGGGUGUACACGUUGAUGUUUGUGAUUCUGAUGCCGAUCCGGUUCAUCACGUACUACAAAAUGAACUGGGGCUACUACCUUGCAGACCUAUGCUACUACGUCAAUGGGCUGCUGAUGCUAUUUAUUUGGGUGUUUCCAGACUCGAAACUGCUGUACGUGAGUUGUUUGAGCUUCUCGUAUGGAACACUUUCGUUUGCGGUGAUCACGUGGAAAAACAAGCUUGUUCUGCACUCGAUCGAUAAAACCACCUCGACCUUCAUUCACGUGGUUCCUCCCACGGUGAUGUACGUGAUAACGCACCAGAUACCAUCCGAGUUCAGACAGCAACGGUUUGCGGGCGCCAUGAAACUCAAAAGCUGGGAGAUUUGGAACGGAAUUCUCUACACAUCGGCGAUGUAUUUCGUGUGGCAGUCGCUCUACCACUACUUUAUCACUGUCAAGCGCGCAGACAAGAUCAAAAACGGCAAGAUCACCUCUUUCGAGCACCUUCGCAAGGCGUUUGCCAAGAAACCGGUCGGCAAGUUUGUCAACUCCCUGCCUGAACCGUUCCCUGUUUUCGCAUUUAUGGCACUGCAGUACCUGUACCAGCUUGGAACUAUGAGCGUUUGUCCUCUGGUGUUCAAAUACAAGUACGUUGCCUCGAUCUAUCUGUCGUUCAUCUUUUUCAUGGCCAGCUACAACGGAGCAACGUACUAUAUUGACUUUUACGGCAAGAAGCUCCAGAAAGAGGUCGAGCGGCUCCAGAGUGAAAUCAACGAACUCCAAACCCGCGCGCGCGAACACGAAAGCGAAGACUACUCGCCUGUUGCUGUUCCCAAUACCUCAUAG